GAGAAAGACAAAACCCAAAUCACUAAUUUUAACACCUAACAGAUAAUCUUAAUUUACUAAUCCCCAUUACUGAUUCUCUAAAAUUGGAAUCCAACAAUGAUUAUUAAAGGGAAAUGAAAAAACCCUUUUUCUAACAUUUUCCAUGGAUUCUUCUUUUUCUUCUUCAGCUGCUCUUUUCAUCCUCUAUCUGCUCACACAUUUUAUCUCUUCUUCCAUUGCAGAUCUCCACAAAACCAAUAACUUAUUCAGUUCAUCACAAUUGGAAAAUGAUAAGAAUCCCCAAAUCACAACUUAUUUCCAAGUAACAAAACCCAUUAAACCACCCCCAAAUGCAAAAAUUCCAUGUGCUUCUCUUCUUGUUCUACAGCAUGAUUUUGGAUACACAUAUGGGAAAUCACCAGUGCUUGCCAAUUACAAACCCCCAUCAAAUUGCCCAUCAUCACAAAAGGGUUUCUCAAAAAUCGUUCUAGAAUGGAAAUCGACAGCUAGAGGAAGACAAUUUGAUAGAAUCUUUGGAAUUUGGUUAAGUGGUGUUGAGAUUUUCAGAAGUUGUACUGCUGAACCAAGAGCAUCUGGGAUUAUAUGGACUGUCCAGAAAGAUAUCACAAGGUAUACUUCACUUCUUGUAAAGCGACAGACUCUAGCUGUUUAUCUUGGUAAUCUUGUUGAUUCUACUUAUACUGGGAUUUACCAUGUCAAUUUGACAUUUCAUUUUUAUCCACUUGAUCAUAAAUUAUCAAAUGUUGAAAACCCAGCUGAUUUGAUCAUACCCAUUUCAAGAAACCUUCCUUUGAAUGAUGGGUUAUGGUUUUUGGUUCAGAAUUCCACUGAUAUUCAGUCUAAAAGGUUUGCAGUACCUCGGAAUUCUUAUAGGGCAGUGCUUGAAGUGUAUGUGUCAUUUCAUUCUGAUGAUGAGUUUUGGUAUGGGAAUCCUCCGAAUGAGUAUAUAAAGGCGUAUAAUCUUACGAAUACGCCUGGGAAUGGACCUUUCAGAGAGGUUGUUGUUAGAUUAAAUGGUGAGGAUGCUGGUGCAGUUUGGCCGUUUACAGUGGUUUUCACUGGUGGGAUUAAUCCUCUGCUAUGGAGACCCAUUACUGCCAUUGGGUCAUUUGAUCUCCCUUCUUAUGAUAUCGAAAUUACGCCUUUUUUAGGGAAGAUUUUGGAUGGGAAACAACAUGAGUUUGGGUUUGGUGUUACGAAUGCUUUGAAUGAAUGGUACAUUGAUGCAAAUUUGCAUAUUUGGUUGGAUCGUAAGAGUGGCGCAACUACAGGAGAGUUGAUUAGAAAUGAAAAUCCACCUUCUAAAAUCACUUUGGUUUCGAAGAAAAAGGGUUCUUAUGUUACCAGCGCAGUCAGGUCGAUUUCAUCGUCAGGUUGGGUUAAAUCUUCUCAUGGGAAUAUCACUACUAACUCAUUUCAGGAAUUCAGUUUCACUAACGCAAUGACAUUGGGCGGAAGUUCACAAAUUGUGAAUCAGACAACAGAUGCAAGUAGCCGUGUUUAUGCCAUAACUCCAUCUUCAUCUUCUUAUAUAUACACAAAUGAAAGAUAUCAAAAUUUUCCGAUAUAUUUCCGUACUGAAGAGGUCCCUCUAGGCCAUGGGAACUACACUUCGCUUUCGUACGUCUCCUUGGGAUUUAACGAGAAACGUUUAGGGGGUUCAAGUUCGUCUCCUUGGGUGUCCAGCGUUCUAAACAACUCACAACAAGCACAGGGUGCGAUGAAUGUUAGUGGGCACUUGGUGACAAGUGGAUUGGGAAGUACUCAACAAGUAUACCACCUUGAUGGUCCUGAUGAAUGUUACUUUUGGAACGUGAGUAGUUCAAACUACACUAUUCUUUACAAUGUAACAGGUGACCCAUGCCAGCAGAAAGGACAGUACGACUCAGGCUUUAGAAAUGAAAAAAUUAUUCGUUUCACUCUUGGAGAGCAUCUACCUGGAUGAUUACACUGUGGGAAGUCGCUCUGAAGAGAGGGGGGGGAUCGGUGUUUCUACGCUACGGUUUUGUGCACUAUGCAUGUAAGUCUUUGAUGAUCAUGUUUCAAAUACCUAACUUCAGUGACACAUUAAUAACUGGUCCUUGUUAUCUUGCUCUCGAAUGUUCUGCAUUUUGCUGUUCAGCUGGCCUGUAAUGAAUGUUCCUAGAUGUAUAUCUCAAUACUAUGUUCAGGUCUAACAGUUUCAACCUUAAUAGUUAUCUAUGUGUGUAAAGUGUUCAUUAGCGUUUUUCUCUU